UGCUCGUUUCCUGGCAAUCGGUGUACUUUCCAGCACUGAUAAUAACAUCGCGUGCAUUGAUAUAUCGGAAUCGUUGGUGUAUAUGAACUUAUUCCCAUACCUAGCGGCAGCGGCGUUUUCGUUGAGUCAAAACAACAAAGCAUAGGCAACAAAAACGAACCAACGAAUAAGAGGAAAAGAAACGACGACGACGAAGAACGUAAAUUCACGCAUUUAUUAAUUUUCGCUGUACUAAUACGCAUAUGCGGCAAUCAGAGCACACACCAAUUGUUCAGGGAUUAUUAGUACAUAUAUACUGUGUUCAACAAACAUUGUGGUUUUAUAAACAACAGCAGUGAAACGCCGACACCGCGAUGAAAAUCACCGUCACCACCACCGAUGAUAAGCUCUUCUUUCUAGAUGUUGCCACAGAUUUAGAGCUAGAAAAUCUGAAGGCACUCUGCGCCAUGGAAGUUGGCGCUGAAGUUAGUCAAAUUAUGGUGAUUUUCAAUGGCCGCGAGCUGACCAACGACAAGCAAACGUUACAGCAAUUUGGAGUGCGCGACGGUGACUGCAUUAUGCUGCAGCGCCGCAGAAGCAAUGCCAAUCGUACAGUUUCCAACAAUCCGUCGAUUAGCCAUUUGGAUUUCAGCAGCAUUGCUGUGCCCGGGACGAGUGCAAUAGGUGGCAGUCCACCCUCACAUAGCGCUGGGGCAGCAGGGAGCACGCUCACUAUGCAGCAGCAAUUGCAACAGCAUUUGGAGCGGCAGCAGCAGCAUCUCGGCGACGUGCCCAUGACAGAUGAUUUCAAUGUUAACUUUGACGACGAUCCGGCGACAGUGCGUCAAAUGUUUCUAUCCAGCCCAGAGACGCUGGCCUUGCUCCGCCAAUAUAAUACGCGGCUGGCCGAGGCUCUGGACUCUGGUGAUCCAGAGACAUUUGCGAGAGUGCUGCGCGAGCAUAUUGUGGAGCGGAAGCGUCGCAACGAGCAACGCAUGCGGAUGCUCAACUCGGAUCCGUUCGACGAGGAGACACAGCGGCUGAUUGCCGAGGAGAUCAAGCAGAAGAAUAUCCAAGAUAAUAUGGCCGCCGCCAUCGAAUACAAUCCGGAAAUUUUCGGCACAGUCACAAUGCUGUACAUCAACUGCAAGGUGAACGGCGUGCCGGUGAAGGCCUUCGUUGACUCUGGCGCACAGACCACAAUCAUGAGCAAGGACUGCGCGGAGCGUUGUCAUGUGAAUCGUCUGAUCGAUACGCGCUGGAAUGGCGUUGCCAAGGGCGUGGGCACACAGCCCAUUCUGGGUCGCAUCCACAUGGUGCAGCUGCAGAUUGAGAAUGAUCAUUUGACGUCCAGCUUUACGGUGUUGGGUCAACAGCCCAUGGACAUGCUAUUGGGCCUGGACAUGCUCAAGCGCCAUCAGUGCCUUAUCGACUUGCAACGCAACCUUUUGAUCAUUGGCACCACGGGCACAAGCACCCCGUUCUUGCCCGAAAGCGAGCUGCCCGCUUGCGCCCGCCUCACUGGCCACGGGGAGGAGAGCGAGCAACAGGCCAUCGCCAAGGCCAUUGAGCAGAGCAAGCGCGAGGGGGGCGGCGCCAGUGCCAUUGCUUCUACUGCCACAACCAGCGCCAGCGGCAGCGGCGCCACUUUUGAUAUAAGCAAUAUUAACUCAAUACAACCAUUGGAUAGCUUUACGGAACAGGAUGUUAGCGAAUUGAUGCAAUUGGGGUAUCCGCGCGGCGAUGUGCUCACUGUGCUGCGUCUGUGCAACGGCAACAAGGCCGUUGCCAGCUCAAUGCUGCUCAGCCGCAAUGCAGCCGCUGGCGGCGGUGGUCUUAGCUGAACGUUGGCUGCAUGGCGCCAGCAACUGCUCCUAUUUUACUGCUCUGGGAUCAAUCAAAGGAAAUCUGCAAUACGGGAACCACCAACGCCACCACCACCACCACCAACGCCACCACCACCACUACCACCACCACUACAACUAUCACUUCGCACUCAAUCCGAUAUAACCUAACAUCUUUCCCCUACUUGAAUUUAGAUCUAAUUUUUUCAAAUUUAAAUCCAUUUUACAAACUCUUUGUAUCUCUUUAGCUAAUUAUUGUAGUAGUCGAGUCGAACCGCAAUGAUUUAUUUCUUAUCAAAAGGGAAUAGCGCUUGCAACGAACAUCUUUUUGAAACAUAAUGCAAACUAUGCCUACAAAUAGAUUACAUAUACAUAAUAUUAUAUAUACAUAUAUACAGUCACUUAAGACACACACAUGCACACCUUUUACAUAUAUAGGUACAUAUAAUAAUAUAUGUAUAUAUUCAUAUAUUUGAGCUAGUGUUUAUAAUCAAAUAAUGUACGAUGGAGACGGAAUGGUUAAAUAAAAAUUAAUUGUUUUUGGAUUGGAAUAAAUAAAUAAAUAUAAAUCGAA